AUGGCGACUCUAAAUGUCCUCGCUUUCGAUCCUGACGGUCGCCCGAUAGAGUUUGCCACUUGGCUCGACGACCUGCAACUGUUUCUUAUGACUAAUGCCAAAGACGGAGUUUCACUGUUCGAUCACGCGUCUGGCACUUCCGUUGCUCCUGCUGACACUGCUGCCGCUUUUGACCGCUCACAGUGGCAGACUCGUGAUGCUGCUGCGCGCCUCGCUAUUCGCAACCAUCUGCCGAUCACUGAGCGCGCGCACUUUAGUCAGCACAAGAUUGCUAAGGCACUGUAUGAGGCUGUAGUUGCCUUCUACUCUUCCCUAGCUACGGCAACCCCAGGUCGUCUUAUGCUACCCUACCUGUUCCCCGACCUGUCCUCGUUUACCACCGCUGAUGACCUCAUCUCUCACCUUCGCGCAACUGACGCUCGCCUUCGUGCCGCCCUUCCAGCCGAGUUCCUCGUCGAGAAUCACCCCCCGAUGUACUUUACUCUCUACUUCCUCAUCACCCGCCUCCCUGACACUCUUCGCUCAGUCAGGGACCACUUCAUCGCCCUAGACCCCCAUUCUCUCACUCUCGACGACUUCGAGAAGCACCUCCUAACAGCCGAAAAGAACAUUCUUGCUGUAGCGCCAGGGGCAACAGGGGUGGUAGGGGAGGUGGAGGUGGCGGUGGAGGGGGCGGUGGUGGAGGCGGUGGGGGAGGUGGAGGUGGUGGGGGUGGUCGUGGGGGUGGAGGUGGUGGUGGGGAUGGCGGUGGUACCGGGAGCAGUGGCGGUGGCAGCGACGGUAGUGGGGGAGGAGGGAGUGGUGGUGGCAGCGGUGGUGGGGGCUGGAGUGGAACCGGCUAGAAGGGGGGCUCCAGUGGUGGCCAAGGGCAGCAGCAGCAGUAGCAGCAGCCGCAGCAGCGUCAGCGCCAGACCCCCACGUCUAAGCAACUUCAGGACUGUGCUUGCACAUUCCUCUACUGUGCUUCCGUGUCCGGUGGUCCCGUUUGGUGAGCUGUCUGGUCUCCACCUCCCCUCGUUCUCUACGAACCUGGGGCGGCAGGGCGCCGCUCCUCACUCCUCCUCGUUCCCUCCCAUAGAGGCUCCACUACAGAUUCUCCUCCUGGACGUGUGGGGCCCAGCCCGCGUCCGUGGACAAGGCCACAAGCGGUACUUCCUGCUGGUAGUCGACAAUUACACGCCCUACUGUGAGGAGCACGACAUCCGCCAGACAUUCGCGCUUUCGGCCUCUCCGAAGCAGAAUGGGGUUGCUGAGCGCCACAUUGGCUUAGUCAUGGAGGUCGCUCAUACCUCCAUGUUCCAUGUGGUUGCCCCCCAUUUUCUGUGGCCGUAUGUGGUCCGUGCGGACAAGCUCUCCUCUCGCGCCAUUCCCUACGUCUUCCUUGGUUUCCCCCCUGACGCGCCUGGUUGGCAGUUUUACGACCCCGCCUCGCGUCGUGUCUUUGCGUCUCAGGACGUCACCUUUGACGAGUCGGUCCCCUUUUACCGUCUCUUCCCCUACCGCACUGCCCCUCUCCCCCCCCCCGCCGCUCUUUCUCGCUCCAGGUCCUCCCCAGGUAGACCCCUUCCCCGCUCCAAGUCCUGCUCCUUCAGGUGUGUCUCACGUAGACCCUCCUCCGGUGACUGA